AUGAGGGAAUACAAGAUAGUGGUGUUAGGGAGCGGAGGGUUUGGCAAAUCUGUCCUUACUGUGCAGUUUGCCACUGAGACUUUCAUUGAGAAAUAUGACCCCACCAUUGAAGAUUUCUGCCUCAAAGAGAUCGAAGUGGACUCUUGCCCCUCCGUGCUGGAAAUUCUGGACACUUCAGGAACUGAGCAGUUUGCCUCUAUGAGAGAUCUCUACAUCAAAAACGGCCAAGGUUUCAUCCUAGUUUACAGCAUGGUUAAUCAACAGUCUUUUCAGGAUAUCAAGCCAAUGAGAGAUCAGAUUGUCAGAGUGAAGAGAUAUGAAAAAGUCCCACUUAUCCUAGUAGGAAACAAAGUGGAUCUGAAACCAGAAAGAGAGGUUAUGUCUUUGGAAGGCAGAGCUCUGGCUCAAGAAUGGGGCUGUCCUUUCAUGCAGACAUCGGCAAAAAGUAAAUCAAUGGUAGAUGAAAUUUUUGCUGAGAUCGUCAGGCAAAUGAACUAUUCAUCCCUGACCGAGAAGCAAGAUCAGUGUUGUACAACUUGUGUUGUCCAGUAA